AUGAGGACCCUUCCUGUCACUUCUCUUCUUCUGCUGGUGAGUUAAAGGCUUUUUGCCUGGACCGUGCAUACAUGGGCUGAUACAGGGCGAAUAAGACAGAAACGUACAUGGAUCAUUGAUUCGUUUGCUAUUGAAGAAGAAAAUCCUGGACCGUUUCCAUAUAAACUCGGAAAGAUUGUACUUGACAGGAAAUAUUUAGUCAAUUUUGCCCUCUACGGAGAUGGUGUGGAUAGAGAGCCAAAAAAUAUUCUGAUCAUUAAUAAGGAUACAGGUGAAAUUUAUGUACACGGAAAAGUGGAUUACGAACGAGGUCUGCAUAUUAUCUUUCGUCUGACCCAACUACAGCUCUAUUUUGAAGCAAUAAAUAAAUCCAACAAUGCAGUGGACACAAGGCUAGGGGUUGAGAUCAAGGUUUUGGACAUAAACGACAACCCCCCCAUAUUUCAGCAAUCAAACUAUGACGUCACUGUGGAAGAGUCACAUCCCCAAGGUGAACAGGUUUUCACUGUGUUGGCAUUUGAUAAAGACGAUUCAAAAACGCUCAACGGAACCUUUUCCUUCACAAUCAAGUCUGUCACACCAAAAACGGACAAUGUUGAGUUUUAUAUCCAACAGAAGGAAGGAUCAGGGACAAUUUAUUUUAAAGGGUGCUUGGAUUAUGAGAAAGCUCAAAAAUAUACAAUUCUGGUUGAAGCAAAGGACCACGGAGAAGUGAAAAAGCUCUCAAGCACAAGUACAGUGAGAGUCAAGAUUUCUGACAAAAACAACCACCUUCCAGAGUUCUCCGGCCAAACAGGCAGUGGGAACGUAAAGGAGCGAGACAUUGGGACUGAAGUUUUGAGACUUCAAGUAUCAGAUAAAGACAGCCGUGGUUCAAAAGCCUGGAAAGCUAAAUACAUAAUCAAUGGAGAUACCAAAAAUAUAUUUAAAAUAGAAACAGACCCAACUACAAAUGAAGGGAUUUUAACUGUUGUUAAGCCAAUGGACUAUGAGGAGCAAACAUACCAAAGUCUGUCCAUCAGCGUGCAGAAUGAGGCUCCUUACUUUUCAUGUACGAUUAAAAAGCGUCCACAGAAUGCUUUGUGGGAAGUCGACAGAUUUUUUGAAACCCCCGGCACGAGUGAUCCACAACUUUACAAGUCCAUCCCAGUGACAAUUAAUGUUGAAGAUGUCAAUGACCCUCCAGUAUUUAUACCCCCUGUUAAAGAUGUUGUUGUAAUGGAAAACACAGAUGUAGGAACCUAUCUAACAACCAUUGCUGCUAAAGAUUUGGAUGGAGCUCAUGCGAACACAUUUAGAUAUAUUAAAGGGGAAGAUGAUGCUGGUUGGAUAACUGUUGAUGAAACGACUGGAAACAUAUCCACAGCCAAAAUUCUAGACAGAGAAUCCCCAUCUGUGAUCAACGGCAUCUAUAAAGCAAUCGUGUAUGCAGUGGAUGAUGGUUCACCACCACUGACCGGCACAGGCACUCUGCUUAUUUACCUACAUGAUCAGAAUGAUAAUGCGCCAGUGUUGACUGUGAACCAUGUCAAUAUGUGCUUGGACAAAGAGCCCACAACAGUCAACAUCUCAGCUGUAGAUCUGGACCUUCCUCCAUACAGUUCACCUUUCUACUACGAGUUAUUGGGAGAUGUUGAGGGGAAAUGGAGGAUUGACCCAGUUGAUGGGACAAUGGUGAAUCUUGUAAAAGAAAGCAUCGUACAUUCCGGUCAUCAUUUCCUCCAGAUGAGAAUAUCAGACCAGCAGGGGAUUUCUGCCAUUCAGAAUCUGUCAGUCACUGUGUGCAACUGCGCUAGUGAUUCCAGCUGUCAUGAGAGAAUGGUGUCGAGCAUUCGGAUGGGCAGUGGGGGCAUCUGCAUUAUUAUCCUUGCAGUUCUGUUACUCACAGCAAUGCUCUUGAUGGUGCUUCUGGUGUCAUGCAAAACAGAGACAAAAAUGAUUCUAAUAGAUGAGAGUUUUGGUGGUCUGACGAAAAGCAAUACUGAAAAUCCAGGAACAGACUGCACGGCAUCUUUCAUUGUGGGCAACCAAAAAACGAAUUCUUUAUCUGUAAAUUCAUAUCAGCACAACACAUCACAAACUACAAAUCACUGGUGCCAACAGGCUGUUGGACAGGAGUCAGUCUACUUUGACCCAAUGUUUCCAAAGCCAAAAUAUGGGCCAUAUCGGAGCUGGUCAAUUGCUCAGACCAACACAAGUGGAGUGAGUCAGUUCGCUCAUUUAUACAGUCCGGCCCAAAUCAACAGAACCCUGCAAUUUUAUUUUAACAAGAAAUACACUGUGCAUCCAGAAGAUCGGAGAGACUGUCCAGAAUAUUUGCCAUAUCAAUAUAAAUGUGAAGGGGAGGAAAGUGAUUGUGAGUCAUCAGCAUUCAGUCAGCUCACUAAAAGCAAUAUUGGAGAUAACCUGGACUUCCUGCAGAACCUUGGGCCAAAAUUCAACACUCUGGCUGGGAUUUGUCAACAGUCAAUGACGCACAAAACAUCACUUUAAAGAUGAAUGCUGAUUUAACGCUUUGGGAAUUCUACUGUAUAUUAUUAUUUUUUUGUUACAUUUCUGUUAGACAUUUGUGACAUUUCUUUUUUUUACCUGUGGGAGACCGAUGUGGGAUACAAAGAGGUGUUGGAUAAAUUAAACAGGUAUAGAAUAUUAACACAAAUCCCGGGGGAGAGACAGGUAUGAUGGCCCAGUGGUUAGCACUGUUGUAGGUCAUUGGUUUGAAUUCAGUCCCAUCCAUUUUUCCCUUGUAAAAACCUAAAGGCCUUUUGAUGGAUACAACACUAAAUCACGAACGCUGUCUACCGGUAUCUGAUUACAUUACAGAAAAUGACAGAGGUAAACUUUACUACUCCAGUGGUGCAGAGGGUUAAGUGUGUAACGUUUUUGGUUGCUUUGAGAUUACAGACCAGGUUUCGAAACUCGCUUGGGCCAAACACUUUUCCCAUCACA